GCGCAGACUGCCAACCCGCUGACGAAAACGAUAGAGUCGGGCAUAGUGGAUGACGAGGAGGUCGAAGUGGAGGGCUGUGCAAAGAAUCUGCCAAGGCUGGUUGGCGAGCUGCCCUCUGACCGUCAAGCGCGGCGCCGUGCUUUGGAGAGCCGGCUGCGCAUCGCCCAUGCCAAG